AUGAUGAUUGGAGGUAAGAAGCAAAAACAGAGACCAUUAAGAGGAAAAAAAGAUAAGAGAGGAAGACGAUACAUACAGCAUGGAGUAGAUAGAGUUUACAUUAGAUCAAAAAAGAAUGAUAAAAAGUUGAUUAGAAAGUUGAUUAGAGAAGCAUUAGAGGAUGAGAAACAACAGCAUCAACAACAGCAAAAACAGCAACUCUCUAAAGAAAGUCCUGUAUUGGCUUGGUCAAAUCCAAAUCAAGUAGAAAUGAUUAAAUCAAUACAGGGCACCAACUUUAGAGAAUCUUUACUAAAGAAUCAACAAGAAUUGGAUAAAGAAACAAAGAAAAAGAUUAUUGAUCUAACAAAAGAUGAUAUUCAAGUAAAACAAGAGAUAAAUACAAGACAAAUAGAUGAACAAUUACAAUCAAUGAUUGAAAUGCAAAAUCAAAUUAAAGAAAAGAAUCUUUUGGAAUUGGAUAGCUUAAUGAAAGCCAAUCAAAACAAUCUAACAGCUACAAAUGAUUUGGUAAAAGAGUAUUUAAAUUCAACAAUGUCCUCUACUAAACUAUCUACAAAUUUAGGAAAUGAAUUAAAAGACAUGGUAAAGAAUCAAAGAAUUAGUGUCAUUGAUUUAAUUAUGAUGAGAAGUAAACACAAAGAGAAUGAAUUUAAAUUAAAAGUUGUUGAAUGA